UAGCCUCUGUUCGCAGAAACAUCAAUAAAACUGACCGGAGACCAGCUCAACCAACUCUAACUAACCGGCUGUGACGGCCCCUCUGCAGCUUCCCUACCGGCAACGUGGCAAGACUCAGCUCUAACAAGUUGUACCCUUUUCCACAUGUAUUCUACAAUCCGAGGACACAGUUAGCCAUGCCCAGAUGACACAGUCAAGGUGGACAGUUUCUUUUGUAUUUAUUUUAUCCUGAAGAUGGACGUGAUUUCCUAUUUUCCUGCCUUGUGGGACUGCAGCUGUCAAACUCCUCAGGGCGUGCUCCACUGUUUACUUUCAGCUGUACUCACAGGCUGGGAUACAUAAUGCAAACAGAACGGAGAUGAAGGAUUAUUAUUUAUACCGACUGGUACCCUGAUUUUUUAUUUUUUUAUUCUAUCCUGUAAAGGAUUUUUCCCCCUCUUAACGUUUCACCACUGGUUCCUGCAGUAACAAAACAUUGUCAAACCCCCAUGGGUCUCAGUAGUUUGUGAACUUUAUCCCCUUUUUAUCAUGCUGACUUGUUAUCAGCUCAUGUUGCGACUUUCCUGUGAAAUGAUGUGGCAGUCAUGUUUGUACUUUGACUGCGUUUGGCAUGUGUGAGCUGUAAGGACCUAAACAAAACAAUUUUUUUUGCCGUGGAUUUUCCUUAGAAAUAAGGAUUGCCUACAGAAAGAAUUGCAAACUCCUACCUUUCGUUAUUUACCUCAGGUGUUGAGGUGGGCUGAUCUUGUGUGAAGGGGUUAUCAUGGAUCACAGAGGUCACCACCAGCUCGACUCUGGCCUUCAUUCACACAGAACAAAAGACAGAGAGGACUACUACAGGCGUUCUCAGCAGGACAGGGACCAGAGGAACCCACCACCGUACCCCAGAGAGAGAGACAGGCACUGGGCUCAUCCUGAUGCCCACUUCAGGGCUCAUUUUACCAGUCCCCCUGCCAGACCGGAGCAAUAUCCUUACAGCACUCAGCAUUAUCCUUAUGGCCAUGGCCACCUGGAACCCCAAAGACCCCAGUCAAGGCAUGGGUAUGACUAUCCAAACCACAGCAACUGGGACUACAGAGACACCUAUGGUUAUUAUGACCAUGACUUCUAUAGAGGACAGCAUGGACGACAAGAUGCUGGUCCCCAGUGGGGUCCCCAAGACUCCUGGAGAACGGACCGUUACCAUGACAGAUCAUACAAGCAGGAACAUUCAGGGAGCUCCUACAGGGAUGAGUACAGGUAUGAUCAAGGAAGAGACGACUCUCAGCAUUACCUCAAUGACUAUGUGGAUAAUCCCUUCAGGGACAAUGAAGAGGUUUCCUCAUAUUACCUGGGGACAUUAGAAAGUUCCAAAAACUCCGGGUUAUCCUCCAGCAGCUAUGAACUGAGUCAGUACAUUAAUGGAGCUGAACACAGUGAGCCUGUCCCACAGUCUGCUCCCACAUCUGAUGCAGAGCAUCAGAUGUCAGCUCCUCUUAAGUACUCAAUCCCUCAUGCGGUUGUCAGCUUUGGGCCUGCAGGCCAGCUGAUACGGGUCACUCCAGGCUUGUCAACACAGGAGAAAGUCAGUCAGCUGGAAAUCCACAGUCUGGAAGUCAUUCUGAGUGAGACAAAGGAACAGCAGGAGAUGAGAAACUUCCCAGGGCCUUUAGCCAGGGAGGAUUUGCACAAAAUAGAUGCUAUGGAGUUUGCCCACCAGAGGGCAGGAGCCUGCAUCAGAGGUGACACGCUGCAUGAUAAGAGCUCUGCUGCCCUCUUGUGGAAUCUAUUGAUACUCCUCUGCAGACAAAAUGGCCAAAUAGUUGGCUCAGAUAUUGCAGAGCUGCUGAUGCAGGACUCACAUUCAGAUGGAAGCUGGGAGACAGAUGCUCCCACACUCAUUGACUUCAGUGAGGGCACAACUGCUGAAGCAAUACCUCGCAAAGGAGAUGACCUGCUCACAGGAAACUGGAGCAGCUUCAGCUCUGAGACCUCUGAGAAGGCCCUGCAGAGCUACACUCAAUUGCUGCUGGCUGGAAGAAAGAAGGAGGCCUUGGAGUUAGCUAUGAGCAGCGGCCUGUGGGGACAUGCACUUUUUCUGGCCAGCAAAAUGGACAACAGGUCCUAUACCACUGUGCUGAACAGGUUUACGGGCCAGCUAAUGGCCAGUGAUCCCCUCCAGACUCUCUUCCAGCUGCUGUCUGGGAGAAUCCCUGCUGUAGCCAUGUGCUGUGGAAAUGAAAAAUGGGGAGAUUGGAGACCCCACCUGGCUGUUAUGCUCUCCAAUGAGACAGGAGACCCUGCCGCCCAUCAGAAGGCCAUCGUCACCAUGGGAGACACGCUUGCCUCCAAAGGCCUCAUACAUGCCGCCCACGUGUGCUACCUGACAGCCAGCGUUCCCUUUGGGGUGUUCACACAGAAGUCAGAGAGACUGGUGCUUCUAGGCAGCAACCACAGGCAGUCAUUUGAAAACUUUGCCACAAACACUGCCAUCCAGUGCACAGAGUUGUAUGAGUACUGCCAGACACUUGGGGGCAAGCACUUUUCAGUACCUUCCUUUCAGGUGUAUAAGUUCCUGUAUGCCAGUCGACUGCUGGACUGUGGGCUUGCUUCUCAGGCCUUUCAUUACUGCGAGGUGGUGGGACAGGCGAUCCUCAGACAGAGGGAGCCCUUUUUUGUGCUGACAGGAGAGGUUAUUAAGCUGUCAGACAGGCUGAAACACUCUGAGGGUCAGUUCAGUGAAGCAGGGGUUAGCGGAGCCGGGCCGGAACCCGACUGGCUGAAACAGCUCCGUGCUAGGUACCACAGUUUACAGACAGGGAGCUACGACUGUACUGAAACAUACCAGCCACCUCAUGAGGGAAGUGUUUUGGCCCACGAAGUGUGUUUAGAAUCUGACCUGGAUGACCUAAGCCAUGACAUCCAGAGUCCAGAGCCUGAACUCCUGUAUUACAGAGGCACUGAGGAGCAAGAAAGCCUUGAGCAUCAACUUAAAGAAAACCCUGAUGAAAUGACCUCAUUGUCAUGGGACGUUAGCAGAGCUCAGGACCAAUACAAAAUGCCACAUGCCGAUACUCCGAUGCCGCUGAUGGUGGUUCAUGCUCCUCCAGCUCCCACCCCUCCCACAGUGGAAGCCGGCCAAGACUUCAGUUAUCAUAACACAAAUAGUGGUGAAGUCAGACCUGUCUCGCCACAUUGUCCUCUGAGUAAUCUGCCAUCAGCAGCAGAGGGGGCUUGGUCGUCCUCUGGAGCAGGCUCAAUGGGGGACCAGAUGCUGGAAGUUGACAUUAGUCGGCGUGGACAAAGCCAGCAAAGCAUCCCGCAAGGUUUAGAGGCCUCUGAGCAGACCAGCGAGCCUCCUAAACAGAGCACCAAGGCAGGAUGGUUUAGUGGUUGGUUCAGAUCAAAACCCAAAGAUGUUCAAAUGGAGAGUUCAGUGCAAGGGCAUGAAGCUCAGACAGAGCUACCAUCUACUACUGGCUUCCGUCUUCCUCCUCCCCCUGUCAUUGUCUCUCCAGGCAUGUUUCCGUCCCAGGCUUCCUCUGCUGGGAUCAAUCCCUUUUCAAGGAAAGCAGGCCAGCAGCUGGGGUAGAAACCAUUAGCCUGUAUCACAGUGCCUUCAUGUCUAAUGAGAGCUUCUCCUGAUCUUGGAUGAACACCAAUAUGAUCCAUACCCAAAUUUCUUUUUUAAGGAUGCCCUUUUCAAAUCCCGACCUCUUGUCCACCAUCAUGUUGCACAUGUUGCAUAUUAGAUACAGAAAUACUCUGGAUGAAGUGGCAUAGUAACUCAUAUUGCAGUGACCAAAACAGCUGAGGUCUGUAGAUGUAGGACAUAUUUGGGGAAAGGGAUACCUUAAUUGACCCCAAUAACCAUUUAUGUAUGAGGGAUUUGACCUGGUGCUUUAGUGUGGUGGAAAAAGGUUUGGGACAGCAACUGUGACUGCCUACGUAACUGCCCACUGAAUAUGUCAUGAUUCUCAUAGCUCAGGUCACCUGUAAGUGAUUAUUUGUGCUUUAUGAAUCAGCUACAUUUAAUUUAUAUUUAGAAAUAGUUCCAUCAGUCCCACUGCAUCAUCUUGUUAUGUCUCUGCACACACAAUUAACUAAUAAUUAAAAAUACAUUCAAACACAAAUUUGAUCCUACUCAACUGUAAUCCGAUGCUGCGGUCAGUUAUUUGCCUCACAGAAGCCAUCUUUAAUCUUCCAAGCUGAGUAAGCCGAGUUUGUACCCUGACUUUGCAAGGCCACUAAAUUAUGGAACCAUGUGUACAAUAUCUGAUCAUUUUUGCAUCUGUGAGGUGAAGUAGUUUUGUUUUGAAUUAUAUAUAAGACAUAUACAGAAAGGAAAAUGGAAGAGUGCUUUCUCACGUUGUCAUGCUGCCCAGAUGGAUGAUACCACAUGGUGGGAGAGGGAGGGGGGACUGGGAAAGACCUCUGCCAGGCAAAUAGCCAACAGGCAGCAUUACACCCCCAUUACACUUGUAGGAUCAAACUGUUUAUGUGCUGAUGAUAUUUGCUAUGCCUUCAUGUGAGAAAGGGCUUUAUUAAUAGCCCUAUUAUAUACAUGCUUGUGUGAUGACAAAGCUAGUGUAGACUCCUUAAAAUGUAUAUAAAACACAGUAAUAUAUAUUCCAAAUACAUUUUAGAAUUGCUCUUAAACAAGUUCGAAGUACUGUAAGUAAGAUGUUUUUUUACUUCUGUCAUAUAACUGUGUGCUUUAUAUAUCAUGUCCAUGCUUUGUCAGAACAUGCAAGUAUUAAUUACCUUUAUUUCCUCAGAGUAAUCUUUUAGUAUUAUAAAAUGUUAAAAUCUGGUUCUAUAGUCCAUACAUGGCUGUUUUUUUAUGACAUACCACUCUGAUAAUAGCAAAAUAAAGGCUGCAUAUUGAAUAAAUUCAUCUUGCCAAGAAAUAGCUGGGAUUCCAAACGGAGCCUCUCAGAGUCAGUGACAACACAGCAGGUGCUGUCUCCUUUUACCAUUAGUCUGCAGUUGCCAAGUGUGAGUGGGCCACAUUGGCCCGGAAUUCAGCACACACAGUCACCCAGAAUGUGGGGCACUGCUUGCUGCUUCCAAUAAUGUGUCACACCAUACACACAUUCAGAAUGGAUAGCUUUAUGAAAUACAGUUUCAAAUGGCAUCCAAAAAAUCUUUACAAAAAGUAAAAUUCUGACUGGAGAUACAAGCCUGUUCCUCUUUUGGCAAAUUAACCGAAUAUUUUUUUACUUUGUUGUUGCAUAAAAUUGAGGGGUCCUUAUUGUUUUAAAAUAUUCCUCAGAGAGCAAACAUAAUUUGUAAAAAAUUAAAUGAAAAGGGCUGAUGACAUUUUGAAAUGACCUUUUGUUUAAAAAAAAACUUUAUUGAGAUUCCUCUUCAAACAUAUUUUUUAACACUAUACCACACUGUAGUAACACUCACUUAUGCAGUAUUGAUAGAGAAGACCUUUAUAGAGUUUUCUUCAGCCCAAAUUAUUGAUUACAUUAUAGGACAGCAAAAUCAUGUAAAAACUGAUAUGUUCAUUACGAAAAAAUUAAAAUUAAACUGAUCUCAGGGUUCCUACACAUAUUGAAUAAAUAUAUUAUUGUUCCCACCAUAUCUUUUAGUCUCUUUUAUAAAUAUGAACUGAAAGUUGAAAACAAUUAAAUAAAAAAUUUUUACUGCAUCUGUGCAGCCUUGUUUAUUCACUGUGUCCAUAGAAAUGACGAUGAACGCAGCCAGCCAUAAAGGUAUGGUUUACACAAAAAAGAUGACAAGAGAAGACAAGCAUUCAACCUAAUUUGGUCACAGAUGUAAGAAUUUAGUAGUUAUAAGGCACAGAGCAGUUUCAGGCUGACGUAGAGGCAGCUCUGGGUAGAAGUGUGCAUCAUUCAGUCGCACACCAUACUUAUUGCCUUGCUUUUGACUGCAUCAAAAUUUCUCUCUGGCAGUGGUGCCACCAAGGAUGGGCCGGGGGUGGGGGGCCACAGCUACCCUGAUGCAAUCGCUUGCCCCCCCCCCAGUGGCUUCCUCUGAGUAAUGAGUGUGCACAGUCAGGUUGUGAAAAGGCUAAAAUAAAAUUGUAGUUCAUGA